GCGAGGAGGAGACGGUGGCAGCAGCGGCGGAGGUGGCGGCGGCGGGAGUCGCCGCGCUGAGGCGGGAGCGGAGUCGACGCCCACCCGGCUCUACAGAUACAAACAGAAAAAACAAGUCAUGAUGUGCCUUACCUUUCGCCUGGAAAGGUGAAUAUCUCUUUCAGAUAGAGAUGGCUGACAAAGCUGGAAAGAUCCUCCCAGGACCACUGUACAUUGAAGUGGAGUAUGAUUAUGAGUAUGAGGCAAAGGAUAAAAAGAUUGUGAUAAAACAAGGGGAGAGAUACAUCUUAGUGAAAAAGACUAAUGAUGAUUGGUGGCAAGUCAAAAGGGAUGAAAAUUCCAAGCCCUUCUAUGUGCCAGCACAGUAUGUGAAAGAAGUAACACGAAAAGCACUAAUGCCACCUGUUAAACAAUCAGGUGGUCUGCCAAAUAGCUCUUUGAAACUGAUGCAUAGUUUACAGAGGUCGACAGAAAAUGUGAACAAGUCGCCAGAGCUUUCUAGUUUUGGAAAAUCCUCUCCAGUGUCUGGCCUAGUUCGUGAUGCCAAUCAGAAUCUGGGACCAAAUAGUAGCCCAGGUCAAAAUCUUGGCCUGAGCCUGGACCUUGCCCAAAAUAAUGGAAAACUUAACAGUGAGUUGCAGUCCCCCAAGGUUUCCAGCCAGUACAAGUCUCUCUCUCUGGGCCAUUUCACUUGUCCAGAGUUAAUGGAAAUCGAGAAGACCAGCUUCUCACAUGAACAGUCCUGUGAUUCAGCAGGGGAAAGCUCAGAAAAAGUCCAUCAGGAUUCAGAGUCUGGAGAUGAACUCAGUAGCAGCUCCACAGAACAAGUGCAGCCAACUACUCCACCAAGCCAAGGCAGGCCGGAUUCACCAGUUUAUGCUAAUUUACAAGAACUGAAAAUAUCUCAGUCUGCACUUCCACCUUUACCUACAAGUUCCCCAAUUCAGAUUAAUGGAGAAUGGGAAACCCAUAAAGAUACUACAGGACGUUGUUACUACUACAACAAAGGAACACAAGAAAGAACCUGGAAACCUCCUCGUUGGACCCGGGAUGCAAGCAUAAACAAAGGGGAUUCCCAGAGCCAAGCUGAUCAGGAGCUGCUUUCAUCUGAAGAAAACGACCACAGUUCUUGUUACAGCCAGUCAGAUAGUCAGUAUGGUUCUCCUCCAAAAGGUUGGUCAGAAGAAUUGGAUGAACAUGGUCAAACCUUAUAUACCAAUGACUAUACUAAUGAAAAGUGGAUAAAACAUGUAGACGAACAAGGUAGACCAUAUUACUACAGUGCUGAUGGAUCACGAUCAGAAUGGGAACUGCCAAAGUAUAAUGCUUCACCACAGCAGCAAAGAGAAAUAAUUAAGAGUAGGAGUCUGGACAGGAGGCUACAAGAACCAAUAGUUUUAACAAAGUGGAGGCACAGCACGAUUGUGUUGGACACCAAUGACAAGGAAUAUCCAACUGCUUCAAAGCCCAACUGUCCGGAAAAUGAGUCCUCUCCUUCCUCGCCAAAGCACCAAGCCACAGGUCAAGAGAAGUAUGGAUUAUUAAACGUAACAAAAAUUACAGAAAAUGGGAAAAAAGUCCGAAAGAACUGGAUGUCUUCAUGGGCAGUAUUACAAGGUUCAUCGUUAUUGUUUACUAAAACCCAAGGAACUGGAACUAGUUGGAAGUUUGGGGUCAAUCAAUCUAAGCCAGAAUUCACAGUGGAUCUCAGAGGGGCAGUUAUUGACUGGGCAUCAAAGGACAAAUCCAGCAAAAAGAACGUUAUUGAGCUGAAAACCCGGCAAGGAACUGAACUCUUAAUUCAAUCUGAUAAUGACGUUUUUAUUAAUGAGUGGUUUAAAGUUCUUAGUUAUACUAUCAGUAAUCAGGCAGUGGAGUCUGAUGAAGCAUUUGAAGAUGAUGUACCGGAUUCCCCAGGGGUGGAAAAACAAGACAAAGAGAAGGACCAUAAGGACUCCAAGAAACUUCGUUCAAUGAAAAUAUCUAGCAGCGUAGAUUCUUCAGAACAGAAGAAGACAAAAACAAAGCUGAAGAAAUUUCUUACACGACGCCCUACAUUACAAGCUGUUCGAGAAAAAGGCUACAUUAAGGAUCAAGUGUUCGGUUCCAAUCUCACCAGUUUAUGUCAGAGAGAAAACAGCUCAGUGCCAAAGUUCGUGAAGCUGUGCAUUGAACACGUUGAAGAACAUGGAUUGGAUGUUGACGGGUUAUACCGAGUCAGUGGCAAUCUUGCAGUGAUACAGAAGCUAAGAUUUGCAGUUAAUCAUGAUGAGAAAUUGGACUUGAAUGACAGUAAAUGGGAAGAUAUACAUGUCAUCACAGGAGCUCUAAAAAUGUUUUUCAGAGAACUGCCAGAACCACUCUUCACAUAUAAUCAUUUCAAUGACUUUGUCAAUGCAAUUAAACAAGAACCAAGACAGCGUGUUCAUGCUGUCAAAGAUUUAAUUAAACAGUUGCCAAAGCCAAAUCAGGAUACCAUGCAGAUACUUUUUAGACACCUCAAGAGAGUUGUAGAAAAUGGAGAAAAGAACCGAAUGACUUAUCAAAGUGUAGCAAUAGUUUUUGGACCAACUCUGUUAAAGCCAGAGAAAGAGACUGGUAACAUAGCAGUCCACACUGUUUACCAGAAUCAGAUUGUAGAAUUAAUUCUGCUGGAACUGAACUCCAUCUUUGGAUGUUGAAGUUUUCUCAAAGUUAAAACUGAAGAUAUGAGUUGGCAACAGCUUUCCAUCAGAAGUUAAAUCUCUCUUUGUACAUGAUGUAUUGUGUUUGUGGACCAAGCGACAGCUCAAUUUUGCACUUUUCAGUAGGAUGGGAGGGAAGAAACGGGAGGAGUGUUUGACCGAUUAUAAUUCACUUAUUACAUUGUGAAUAUUUCAGUUUGUACUCUGUUUUAAUAAUACAAAUUGCAAUUCUAGUAUGGGCAUAUACACUGGAUUUCUUGGUGAGGAGCUAAAAUUAAUCUCAGACUGGAUAAUCUGGAAUGGAUUUUUUUUAAAGGUUCACCACUUGGUAGGGUGAGGAAAACCCUAUCAACUGGCUUCAAACAUGUUUUUUCAUACUUUUAGUGACAAUAAAAUUUCAUCCUAUGCUUAUGUACUGAAACCUGUGUGGAUCCUGUCAGCAGGGAUUCUGUGUAGUGUGACUGUCUUUAAACUAGUGCUAACAGUGGCCAGUGUGGUUUACAGUAAUUCAAAUAAUCCCUCAUUUGAGGCUUUUUUUUUUUUUUUUAAACUGUAUUAUAUAGCAUCCUUGCUGGAUCUUCUGGUUGCUUGAUAGAGCAGGAUCCUAUUAUUUCAAACACUGAACUUGUAAGAAUAUCCAGCAGAGGAUUUGUUCUGUGACAUACUAGAGUUUUAUUUAAUACACACAUCCAUUUUUCAGGGUAUUUCUUGGGCUACAUUUUGUGCUAUACUGAAUUGCAGUUAACAAUUCUAAUUAAAUACCAUCAUUAUCUAAUGCUGUACUGAGUUCUUGGUAUGAUCCUGUGGUAGUGAACAUUUUUGGAUGUAAAUACAAGCUAAAGACUGAAUGACCUUUGGCUUAUGUACAUAAUUCAGUUGUUGUAUAGUCUCAAAGUACCUUCUAGUUGCACAUUUCUAAUCAUGGGUAGAUUAGCUACAGGUAGUGUAACACUUCCAGUGGAGGUCUAGGUUUCCUCAGAUAAACAGGUUACUCGAAAAACUAAACAUGUGCACUUUUAGAUGUUAAUUACAUUUGCAGGCAAAUAAUUGUAAUGCAAAUGGUACUGGAAAAAUACUGUGUGCUUGCUAAAUUGUUAAUGCACUACAAGAGGAGCCUUUUAGGUUAUUUAAUAUGUACAGGAUACAUUAGAGAAAUGUAUUACAGAUUCUAACAUUUGCAAAUAAUGGAAACGUUCCAAUAGAUGUUUGUUGGAAAUAAUGACAUAAUACUAAAUUUGAGAAUUUCUUUUUACAUUAAUAAUGUAGAUUAAUUUGUAAAAUAAAUUUGGUUUUGGAAGAUUUUUGUUAUAGGGAGCAUGGUCUACUGAAGAUUUUUAAAUGUAUUUUUUUAGACUAACUGCUGUACCUGAUAUUUGUUAUGUCUAAUCUGAAUAAAGAAAACUAUUAGCUAGUUUGGAGUUUGCCAGUCCAAAUUUGGAUGACGUAGUCCCCUGUUGAAUUUGCAAACACUCCCAAAUAUUCAGUUGUGUCUGACUGCCUGAAAUGAUAUUUCCUGCAGCAGAGAUUGUGCUGUGGUUAAAAAUGGAGUGUCUAACUGAAACUUUUAAGAAUCCCCCUUUUCCCUGAACAGCAGUUGGAUUGUAUGAUGAAGAUGGGUAAUUUAUAGGUUUAAAUUUGCAAAUAUUUAUAAGUAUUCCACACAAGUAUUUUUGUCCUAAUGUUUGAUAUGUUCCACACACAAACCACCUGCCCACAAAAGGAAGACAGACAAGUGGUGAAAUUAUCCCAUUUGACCUUUGAUCUCUUUUAUAUGUUCAAGGUGAGAAUUCCAACAGCAGAAAGCUUGCUUGAAAAAGUCUUUGUAGAUAAAAGAAGGGACGACUAAUCUUGUGGUUUUCUCACUUUAUUUUUAUUGUGGUAGUGGUGAAGUCUUGCGGUUUGUUGCAAAACAACUUGGGUGAGAAUCGUGAUAUCUAUAAAUCAAUGUUGCAUUUUCAACCUCCUGUUGAGAUUUAAAAGUAUAAUUUCUUUUUUGAUACUUGUUCUGAGACACAUCAUUCUAGUAGGAAAUAUAAAUGAAGUUGAAAUUUGUUAUAGUUUAUUCAAAUCCCAAUUAAAAAAAAAUCAAUUUCCUCUGAAUAGCAUUGUUUAAUUACAGAUCAUGUUGUCUAAGUGUUGCUGUAAUCAAAGUAAGAAAAUACCUGUUUUGAAUAUCCUCUUUUUAACAGUGAGGAAUGUAACUUUCCAUUAUAUUCCCAGAGAAUUAAGUAUUUGUUACUACAUAAUACUAUAUAUAAUACAGUAUAACUUUUGUGCAGCAAGUGAGAUGAAAGCUUUAAGUUGCUAAUUUUUAGUUUGGGGAGAUGGAAAUACUUCCCAAAAAAUCCAGAUAAUGUGGCAAGAGUUAAACACAUACUGCAAUCAACAGAAAAAUAACUGAUCUACUUGAGGGUAAAGGACAAGCACACCAGCUAGAAGUUUUGUACAUUAGAACCAUGGCAGUUUGUUUACAUAUUUAAUAUCUCUUGCUUCCUUUUCAAAUCCUAGUGAUAGAAAUAAGCUUGUAGCAAAUGGUGUCUUCCAUGUCUAGCAUUAAUCACUUGCCUUGCUGCUUCCUGAAAUUGGCAUACCUUUAAGUUUAAGGGCUUUAUUUUUACAUUGACUAUUUCAAAGUCAGUAUGGAACAGAACACAAACUGAGGAAAGCUGAGCAGCAGAAAAGGUAACGGUAACUAUUUACAUUUUAUAAAAGUUUUAUCUAAUGUCUAGAGCCCAAAAUAGGAAUAAAAAUGCAUAAAGAAAAGUGAAUAGUCAUAAAAGUGAGAGUAUAAACUUGAUUUUUUUUUUAUUAAAACUGGAGACAUUAGUAUACCAGACUUACAGCCUGUAUCCCCACUGUGGCUAUGUAUUGGUGUCAACUUGUUUUACAAACUCAAGUUUUGUCCCAUGGGCAAUAGCUGCAUGCCUCAUGGAGGUGCUGUAUAUAGUAUUACUAAAGAGUGACAUUUGGAAUAGUUCAAGCUUGGUAGUGAGGAAAUUUUGCUGUAGUUACUAUGGAUCAAUGAAGAGAGCUGGGCACAGAUAAAGACUACUUUAAUAAAU